CUACUUUUCAACGGAUCGGUCUUCAUGGCCGGUCAGAGUAACUCCCUGAGCAUUUCGCCAUGAUUUCAAGAAAGGUAGCCGUGAUUGGUGCAGGUGCUGCUGGCCUGGUUGCAUCUCGAGAAUUGCGCAGAGAAGGUCAUGAGGUGGUAAUCUUUGAACGGAGUGAUCGAGUUGGAGGAACAUGGGUAUACGAUCCAAACGUCGAUUCUGAUCCAUUGGGGUUGGACACAUCUCGAACCAUCAUCCACAGCAGUCUCUAUGAUUCUCUAAGAGUUAAUCUUCCUAGAGAAGUCAUGGGCUUUAGAGAUUACCCUUUUAUGGCACAAGUGAAGGAUGGGAGGGAUCCAAGAAGGUUUCCUCAUCACAGUGAGGUCUUACAUUAUUUAGAAGACUUUGCUAAUCAUUUUGAACUCGUUGAGUUGAUUCGGUUUGAAGCUGAGGUAAUUUAUGUUGGAUUAUUGGAUGAGGAAUUGAUGAAUGGUUGGGUAGUCAAGUCUAUGAAGAAAGGUGAAGUUGGUAAUUCAUCUGUUGCCCAUGAUGUGUUUGAUGCUGUGGUUGUGUGUACUGGGCACCUCACGCAUCCAAACAUCGCAGAAAUUCCAGGUAUAGAUGCAUGGCCAGGGAAGCAACUUCACAGCCACAAGUACCGUGUUCCCGAGCCCUUCAGUGGUCAAGUUGUGCUUAUAAUCGGAAAUUCUUAUAGUGCUGAGGACAUAUCUAAAGAAAUACAGUUGCAAAAGAAGUUCACGUUGCAUCAAAAUCUACUACAGAAAGAUUUGGUUAUGAUAACAUUUGGUUUCAUUCAAUGGUUGAGCACACCCUCAUUCAUUUCUUUAAGAGAAGAACUUCUGGACCUUAUUUUGUCAGUUGGACGUACUGAGUAUAUAGCUCUAAUGCAGGUUAAGCAUGCACAUGAAGAUGGAACUGUGGUUUUCUCAGAUGGAAGCUUGGUUCCUGUUGACGUUAUUGUGCAUUGCACUGGGUACAAGUACUAUUUCCCUUUUCUAGAGAUCAAUAAUACUGUGACCGUGGAUGACAAUCGUGUAGGACCUCUAUACAAGCACAUUUUUCCUCCAAUGUUGACUCCAAGGCUUUCUUUUAUUGGGAUACCUUUUGUGGCUCUAGCUUUCCUAAUAUAUGAAUUGGGAAGCAAGUGGGUGGCUGGUGUUUUAUCUGGCCGGUUAUCACUCCCAUCUGAAGGAUAGAUGAUCAAGGAUGUCGAGGCCUUUUAUUUGGAACUUGAAGCAGCAGCUGUUCCAAAACAUUGCACUCAUCGGUUAGCACAAAAGCAGGUAAACCGUGUUAACCCAAAGGUGUUUGGUGGUGCAAGCUGUGUAGUUAUCUGUAGCAUCAAGGGGAAAACUCAGAAAAAUAAAUUUUUGAUGAUGAACUCAAUACUUCUUCAGUAAUUCCCUCAAUGAAUCAGUCCCAGCUAUUCAAUGAAGAAAGCUAUGUAUUUCUGACGAUUAAUCAAGUCUCUUUGAUAUUCUGUUCAGUUUGACCACAGUGAUUGGCUUGCUGCUGAGAUUGGGUGUCAGCCAUUGGAGGAGUGGAGAAAGCAGAUGUUAAAAGAACAUGGGAAGAACUACUCUGCACGACGGGAAACCUAUCGUGAUGAAUGGGAUGAUGAAUAUUUGAUCUUGCAAGCUCAAGAAGAUUUUUGCCAGUAUUUACUAGCGGAGGUUAGAAAUGUGUAGCCCUUUGAAAUAAAAUGAAAAAUCUCAGUAAUCAAAUCGGUCAUCGGAUCUCAAAAUCUCGUGACCUAAAAUAUGUCAUCUGACUAAAGACUAAAGACCAAAGACUAAAAAAAAAGGAUCAAAUUUGGGUUUA